AGAGGCCCUCAGGAUGGUGUGUGUGUGUGAGGGGGGCUCAUUAUUUGGAGCUCUCUCCCCUGCCUGGGGGGGGUCCCAGGAGUUAGGCGCCUCCCCCACGCCAGUGAGCGGUCCAGCCGCCCUCUCCGGGGGUCUCAGUGCGGGCUGUGCCCCAACACGCGGUCAGGGGCGGGCGGCCUGGGCGCUGUGAGGCAGGUGCCGCGAGACCGUUUUCACAGCUCCCACCAGCGGGCCUGGGCAGGGCGCUUCGGGCCCGACACAGGCUCAGCCUGGCAGGCGGCCGCUUUUCCAAGAAACUUGAGCCCCGCGCGCUGCCGUCCCAGCCCCUCCAAACGAGCCCAGAGGGCUGUCGCGGCGCGCCCGGCUCCGUAGGUCCCCGGCACUCCCGCGGCGGAUCCGAGCAGGCCGGCGCCCGCGCCUGCACCCCCCACCAUGUCCGCCCUCGCCAAGGCCUCCGGCGUCCUCAAGUCAGUGGACUAUGAAGUGUUCGGUCGGGUGCAGGGUGUUUGUUUCAGAAUGUACACAGAAGAUGAAGCUAGGAAAAUGGGAGUAGUUGGCUGGGUUAAAAAUACCAGACAAGGGACUGUUACUGGCCAAGUUCAGGGCCCAGAAGAUAAAGUAAAUGCGAUGUAAUGGAACCCGAACUGCUGAGGAAUAGGCUGACGGAUCUCGCCAGCACGUCAUGUUUGGCUGUCGAGUUACUCCUUAAGAUCCAAACUGACGGUGAGGACUCCAAU